CCAUUGGCCGCCCCACUAGGGUCCCACUGAUUGGCUGUCCCGGAGGCGGCUGCCGAGCCGCCCCGCCUCCGACCCUGCUGGGUGCCCCCAUUGGCCGGCGGCCGGCGUCGCCCUCGCGGCGGGAGAUUCAUGGAGCCCGGGGCGCCGGGCCGCGCCCUGGAGCGGCUGCAGGACGUGCGGGAGCGGCUGCGGGAUUGGGAGCGCGCGUUCCGGAGGCGGUGCGGGCGGCGGCCGGGCCAGGAGGACGUGCAGGCGGCGCCGGAGGAGACCCGCGCGCUCUACCGGGAGUACCGCGCCCUGAAGGAGGCCCUGAGCCGGGCCGGCGGCAUCGGACCUCGUAGGCCCAAGCAGUCGCUUCUCGCGACGGCGGAGGAGGUACCCAGGCCUGGACGUCCUGGCCUGCGGGUCAGUCUCCUGGACCGCAGAGCCGGGAGGAGUCGUGAUCAGGCCUCUGUGGGGCACAGAACGUCGGGGGAGGACCGGACCUGGGGGAGGAGGGGGGCUGGGAGGCUGGAGGAGGGCUCGGACCCCCACCCUCUCUUCCUGCAGAGGCUGGAGCCCAGCUGCUGGGGGCCGCACUUGAAUCGGGCUGCGACCCAGAGUCCACGUUCUAGUCUUUCAGGGCCAAGUCCUGUGGGGUCUGUGCCAGACUAUGGGAAGAGGCUUAAGGCCAACCUAAAGGCCACCCUGCAGGCUGGGCCAGCCCUGGGCCACAUACCCCGGCCUCCACGAAGACCCUCGUCCAAGACGCCCUCCCCGGGGCCACCAGGUGCAGGGGCUGCCCCCAUCUCUCCAGAAGAAGUCAGUGAGGUGCCCCUCCAGCCUCGUGGGCCCCAGCUGAGGCCAGGCCGCCUCCAGCAGCUACAGGCAUCCCUGAGCCUACGACUGAGCUCCCUAGAUCCUGACUGGCUACAGCGGUGUCACAAUGGGGCCCCAGACUUCCUGGGGGCUGCCCAGGCCUGCCCGCCUAACCUGGGCGUAGAGGGGUCACAGCCUCUGACCUCAGGUGUCCCAUCAGUCCUUGGUCAUAGCACUGGCCCUGAGACUCAAGCCCUACAGACAGGUGGAGUUACAGGGAGCCCCCAACCCGGCAACAGUCGAGGCAAGAAGUGGAGAUGCGGUAGGGAACCAGAAGGGAACCCUGCCCAGGCCCAGCAGGACAGUGGCCAAGCGGGACCUCUGCCUCAAGAAGCUGAGGCUACGGGACAUGCAGAAGAUGGUCCAGGAGAACCCCUGUGGGUUCAGCCCCCCAGUGGCCCCACAGCCCCCAGACGAGCUAUCCAGAGCGGAGAUAAUUAUGUGCGACUCAACAUGAAGCAGAAACGCUAUGUGCGGGGCCCAGCGCUCCGUGGCAGGCUGCUCCGGAAGCAGAUGUGGAAGCAGAAGUGGCAGAAGAAAGGGGAGUGUUUUGGAGGUGGUCAGCCCAGAGCCACAGUCAGGAACUCUUGCUUCCGGUGUGGGCAGCUAGGCCACUGGUCAUCCCAGUGCCCCCAGCCAGAGCCUACUCCCGGCCCCCAGAAGAGCAGUGAGAACGGAGAGGACGUGCAGACCCAGCUCACCUUGGAGGAAGCAGUCCAGAGGACAGGCACUGCCAGCUGUCAGCUCCCUGUAAGUGAGAAAGAUACAGAGCCCUCUGGGCCUGAGCUGUUGGUGACCAUGGAGCAGUCUGUGCCCCAGGUGCACUGCCCACCCCCCUAUGUGCCACCACUCUACCCACCAGGGCCGUCGGGGCAGGUGGCAGAGACACCAGCGGAGGUACUCCAGGCCCUAGAGCAGCUGGGGCACCAAGCCUUCCGCCCUGGGCAGGAGCGUGUGGUCAUGCGGAUCCUUUCUGGCAUGUCCACGCUGCUGGUGUUGCCCACGGGUGCUGGCAAGUCCCUGUGCUACCAGCUCCCUGCGUUGCUUUACGCCCGGCGGAGCCCCUGUCUCACACUAGUCAUCUCUCCCCUCCUGUCUCUCAUGGACGACCAGGUAUCUGGCCUGCCCCCGUGCCUGAAGGCAGCCUGCAUACAUUCAGGCAUGACCAGGAAGCAGCGGGAGUCUGCCUUGAAGAAGGUUCAGGCGGCCCAGGUGCACGUGCUGAUGCUGUCACCCGAGGCGCUGGUUGGGGCUGGCGCAGGGACCCCUGGCCGCCUCCCUCAGCUGCCUCCGGUCGCUUUUGCCUGUGUUGAUGAGGCCCAUUGCCUUUCCCAGUGGUCCCACAACUUCCGGCCCUGCUACCUGCGCGUCUGCAAGGUGCUGCGGGAACACAUGGGCGUGCGCUGCUUCCUGGGCCUCACGGCCACGGCCACACGCAGCACCGCGAGAGAUGUGGCCCGGCAUCUAGGCGUAGCCGAGGAGCUUGUCCUCAGAGGGCCAGCCACCAUCCCCACCAACCUGUACCUCUCUGUGUCCAUGGACAGGGACCCAGACCAGGCUUUGGUGACACUGCUGCGGAGUGAUCGUUUCUGUGCUCUGAGCUCUGUCAUCGUGUACUGCAAUAGACGCGAGGACACAGAGCGUGUUGCCGCACUGCUCCGCACCUGCCUGCCUGAGGCCCGGGACCUGGGGCCCAGAGGCCAGGCCCCCAAGGCUGUAGCCGAAGCCUACCACGCCGGCAUGUGUAGCCGGGAGCGGCAGCGGGUGCAGCAGGCCUUCAUGGACGGCCGGCUGCGGGUGGUGGUGGCCACGGUGGCCUUCGGGAUGGGGCUGGACCGGCCAGACGUGCGGGCUGUGCUGCACCUGGGGCUGCCCACAAGUUUUGAGAGCUACGUACAGGCUGUGGGCCGGGCCGGGCGUGAUGGCCAGCCAGCGCAUUGCCACCUCUUCCUACAACCCCAGGGCCAGGACCUGCAGGAGCUGCGGAGACACGUGCAUGCCGACGCCACCGACUUUCUCGCCGUGAAGAAGCUGGUCCAGUGCUCGUUCCCACCCUGUACCUGCACCCGUGCCCAUGCCCAACGCCCCCUGGAGCAGGAUGGAGCCGAGAGCCAGGAGAGGCCUGUGGCCAUGUCCCUGAGGGAGGCCGAGCAACCCAAUGUUGAGUGCACAGCCCGGUGCCCGGGCCACGAGCGGGCGCUCCCAGUGCGGCCAUUGGUGCAGGCCCUGGACAUGCCUGAGGAGGCCAUUGAGACCCUGCUGUGCUACCUGGAGCUCCACCCACGGCGUUGGCUGGAGCUACUGACACCCACCUGCACCCGUUGUCACCUGCGCUGCCCCGGGGGCCCCCCCCAGCUCCAGGCCCUGGCCCACAGGUGUCCCCUCCUGGCCAUGUGUUUGGCCCAGCAGCCACCGCAGAACACAGGUGGGGGAAGCUGUUCUGUCGAGUUCGAUGUGCUGCAGCUGGCCGGCUCAGUGGGCUGGAAGCUGGCCUCUGUACAGCAGGCUCUCCGUCAGCUGCAGUGGGAGCCAGAGCCCGGGACAGGUGCACCUCGGGACACGGGGGUGCUGGUGGAGUUCCGGGAGCUUGCCUUCUGUCUGCGUAGUCCUGGAGACCUGACGGCCCACGAGAGGGACCAGAUCUGUGACUUCCUGUACGGCCACAUACAAGCCCGAGAGCAGGAGGCUCUGGCCCGCCUGCGCCACACUUUCCAGGCCUUUCACAGCGUCGCCUUCCCCAGCUGCGGGCCCUGCUUGGAGCAGCCUGAUGAGGAGCGCAGCGCCAGGCUCAAGGCCCUGCUCAGCUGCUACUUCGAGGAAGAGGGUUCAGGGGGCACGGAAGACGAGCAGGGCCCAGAGCCAGGACAGGCCAGGAUCCAGGACUGGGAGGACCAGAUUCGCCAGGACGUCCGCCACCUUCUGUCCUCGUGGCCAGACCAGCAGUUCUCAGGCAGGGCUGUGGCCCGUAUCUUCCACGGCAUUGGAAGCCCCCGCUACCCAGCGCAGGUGUAUGGGCGGGACCGGCGCUUCUGGAGAAGAUACCUGCAUCUGAGCUUCCCUGCCCUGAUGCACUUAGCCACAGAGGAGAUCCUGCGGUGGGGCCACUGACCACCCUGCCAUGGGCGGGCCCUGCUCCCCCACAUCACGGACAGGCAUGCACAGGGCGCCGCGUGGCCACAGUACGGAGGGAAUCAGGCGUGGCAUUGUGUCAGGGAAAAGGGACAUCGAUGGCCAUGACAAUGACUGACAACCCUGGGCAAAGCCCACCACCAGAAGUGUGGGGGCAAGGAAGCCCCAAAAUGCAGAAUAAAAAAUGCUCAAAAGUCACUCUCAG